GAAAAAAAAAAGUUGCGGCGCAUGGAUGGCCAGGUGAGCGAUCGGUCUUGGCGGUGGUUUUGGCCGAUGUCCUGCUCGACUACUCCUGUUUUGCGUCUUGUCGCUGAUGCUCUUGGGGAGAAAGAAAGCGCCCACCAGUUCCCCCAAUUGGCAAUUUAGCCCUCUUGGAAAGCGAUCACCCAGCGCACCGUCAAGAUGAAACGGAAGCUCGACGACAACAACGCGCCCGCGUCGGUCCCCGAGGCGGGCGCGAAGCCGACCACGCCGCAGGAGCAGGGCCCCUCGUUCGCUGAACUCGGACUGGACCCUCGCCUCCUCCAGGCCGUCGCACAGCAGGCCUUCCAGGCCCCUACUCUCGUCCAGAGCAAAGCCAUACCUCUCGUGCUCGACGGCAAAGAUGUGCUGGCCAAGGCCAAGACGGGGUCGGGCAAGACUGCCGCAUACGUCCUGCCUAUACUGCAGGCUAUCCUGAAGCGCAAGCAGAUCAAUAAUGGCGACGCAUCCAUAGCUGCCCUCAUCUUGGUCCCCACCCGCGAGCUCGCGGUGCAGGUCACCAAGGAAGUCGAGAAGUUCAGCGCCUUCUGCGCCAAAGACAUCCAAGUAGUUGGGCUCACAGACAAGCUCUCCGCGUCGGUACAGAGGUCGCUGUUGCUUUCUAACUCGCCCGACGUCAUCGUGUCAACGCCCUCAACCGCCUGGCACAAUAUCGAGUCCUCCGCGCUGGCGCUGGACAAGCUCACACAUCUGGUUCUGGACGAGGCGGACCUUGUUCUGUCGUACGGCUACAGCGAUGACCUGGAGAAGGUCGCGCAGGCCCUGCCCAAGGGUGUUCAGACUGUCAUGACGAGCGCCACGCUCACGGACGAGAUCGACUCGCUAAAAGGCCUGUUUCUGCGGGAUUCGGUGAUGCUGGACCUCGAGGAGCCUGACGCGGAGGGAUCGGGGGCCACACAAUACGUGGUCAAAUGUGGAGAAGACGAGAAAUUCUUGCUUGCCUAUAUCAUGUUCAAGCUCAAGCUGAUAAAAGGCAAGGUUAUCAUAUUCGUUGGGGAUGUGGACCGCUGCUACCGUUUGAAGCUCUUUUUUGAGCAGUUUGGCAUCCGCAGCUGUAUCCUCAACUCAGAGCUUCCCGUAAACUCGAGGAUCUCGGUUGUGGAAGAGUUCAACCGGAACGUCUAUGACAUUAUCAUUGCUUCGGAUGAGAACGAGAUUCUGGGCGACGAGGAUGUGGGCGAGGGGAGCAACAAGGUCGAGGCAGAGUCUGGUGAUAAGGCAGGCGACGCGGACGAAGGUGAUUCAAAGCCGAAAGGGUCGCGACCCAAAAAAAAGAGGAGAACUGGGCCGAAGCGAGACAAGCAAUACGGAGUGUCCCGUGGCAUAGAUUUCAAGAACGUGGCGGUGGUGGUAAACUUCGACCUUCCACUAACAGCCACGUCGUACACGCACCGCAUCGGGCGAACGGCACGGGCCGGCCAGACAGGCAUGGUUCUCAGCUUUUACGUACCCAAGGAGCUGUUCAGGAAGCACAUACCGACUUCGAUCGACUCGGCAGAGAAGGACGAGAAGGUCCUGGCGCGCAUAGUCAAGCAGCAGGCCAAGCUGGGACGCGAGCUGAAGCCGUAUCACUUUGACCGAGACCAGGUGGAGGGCUUCCGGUACCGCAUGAACGACGCGCUGCGGGCGGUGACAAAGGUGGCGGUACGGGAGGCGCGGACGCGGGAGCUGCGACAGGAGCUCCUCAAGAGCGAGAAGCUCAAGAGGCACUUUGAGGAGAACCCGGCCGAGCUGCAGCACCUGGCGCGGCACGACUCGGAGCUGCGGACGGCGAGGGCGAACCCGGAGCUCAGGCACGUACCAGACUACCUGCUGCCCAAGGAGGGUCGCAAGGCGCUCUCGGCGACUGAGAUCGGAUUCGUGCCGCUGCGCAAGUCGGCGUCGGACAAGGACAGGCGGACAAAGUAUUUCCGCAAGGGCAGGGGAGGCAAGGUGGGAGUGCGGAAGGCUGAUCCGCUCAGGACGUUCAAGGCGAAAAGGAAGUCUAAAUAGUCGCGUCUGGGCUGAGAGUAUCUCAGAUAGUUAUUUUAUUAUGUCUUCUCGUUUUAAGGCAAUGAUACUGAGCAAUUUGAUAUUCAGCCUCAUGUUCACUCACUGGGCCUUUUUUUUUUUUUACCUCAUGUGUGGAAGUAAGGUAUGAGGUACCUAAGGUGGAUGGCCAAUUUUCUCUACCCAACCUCAAUAAAAGGUUAUG